AUGUUGGACCUCCUCGAAACUUCUCCAAAAGACUGGCAUUUCUUCGCAAAAGGAAACGCAAAUGCUCUCUUCCAGUAUCAAGGAGACAACACCGACUUCCAGCGGUUUUUGCUCCGAUUGAGGCUCGAGAAAAACACACAGCAGUAUGUCUCUGUGGCAGAACUCGACGCGUUCAUCAAAAACACUUGCGAGCCUCUCUUUCCUCGCCAAAUCGUAGAUACACAGAUGAUCGAAGUUCCGGAACAGUUCCGCACCCAAUUGGCUACACCGGGCUUCACGUUGAUGUCGACCGAGCCUCACGGCUUCUUGACAUUCAACGUUCGUGCUGGCGGCAACUUCCAAUCGUACAAGCUUCUGAAGUAUUGUGCACUUCACGUUGGAAGCACCCGAAAAGGGUCAGAAUCAGGAAACGAAAUCGAAUCUGUACUCUUCGAGUUCAAGCCAAAAUGGCUCUAUGAGCCCAAAGAAAAGUACUGUAGAACAUGUCUGCUUAAACAAUCUAAGGGUCACAAGCGGCACUUCUGUUGUCUAGAUCUACUCCGAGAGGAUAGACAGGAACAGGGGGUGCAUGACUUACUUUCCGAGGUGCCAAAGGAGGUGCUUGAUCAGCUUGACCGGGAGGAGAUUCCUUUGGCGCAGGUGAUUCUCGAGUUUGUUCGCGAGAAGGGAAAUGUGCUCCAACAACUCAAAUUGAACGAGGCUGUAGGCGAGGAAGACUCGAUUCUAGCAUUGAACUCCGAAAAGGAUGUCCUGGAAAAGCUCUCGUUGGUGAUGACUCUUCGAGAUGUUGGAUUGUUUCUCAAGGUGAUGCGUUUUGACGACAAUUACUCACGCGAGAGCGACUACUAUUACUACAAACACAACGACAAGACGUACGAACUCUCGUCGUGCCUCUACGACUUGGAUCUCAAGUCCAGCGCCCGAUUUACACAUUGGAAGGCUAUUGAAGAGGAGCUCCAAAGUUACUACAACUCUGAUACAUCAGAUUGGCCUCAGUGCAGAAUGAACUCGUAA